AUGUCGGUCAUCGGAGGCCGCGCAGCCACAUGUCUCAAUCCAGCUGUGAAGAAGAUAGCUGAUGGACGACUUCAGCAAAAUACUUGCAGUCAACUAUGCAAGGCAAAGAAAUGCCACUGGUUCAACCAGCUGGAUAGCAUGGGCGAGGAGAAAUUACCAGGCGGCAUUCUCGAUAUCGAAGAUUUAGUCAGUUGGUCGUCGAAAAACACAGCUUGUGCGUACUACCUCGGACGAAAACUUUCAGAAAAAUCGGAGAUAGUCCUACUGCCUUACAAUUAUCUGCUCGAUUCUAGGCUCCGCACGAGGCAUAAGCUUGAUGUGGCUAAUCGUAUUUUGAUCUUCGACGAGGCUCACAACGUUGAGGGUGUUUCGGAAGACGCUGCGAGCUAUGAAUUGACUUCAACGGAUAUUGCGCUGGCGAUCGAAGAGGGCAAAGUGUGUCUCGAGCAGAUAGAAUACAUCAAACAGAUGGAUUGUCCUGAGGAAGCGAAGGACUACUUUUUGAAGAAGGAUCACAAUCCGAUGGAUGGACCAAUGAAAGGAGCAGCUAACAUGGGCGAAAUGGAAGAACGAUCAGCUAUUCUUGUCCAAGCGCUUCAUCUUCUCGAGGAAAAUCUUGAGCGAGUUUACGCUCAAAAAGUGCGUUCUUCAAAAGAAGGAUCCAUGUUCGAAGUUACGUCUAUGAACAGUUUGUUGCAAGAGACUGGAUUCACGAAAGAGGCCUUCUUCGAGCUGCAACACUUCGUCCCACAAGUAGCCACUUUUAUCGCUGAGAAAUCGCCGACUAAAGGCAUGAAGCUCAACCGCGUUCUUGACUUUAUCGAAAUAUUCUCGAUGGUAGAAGAAGAAAAAUCGGACAGCGAGUUUUCCAAGUACAGAUUGUAUAUCAAAAUGGAAGAGACGAAAUUCAAGCGAGAAAAGGAUGAACAGUUCGUUCAACAAAAGCAAGAUACUAUGGGCAUGAAGUUUUGUCUGUGGUGUUUUGAUCCGUCGAAGAGUAUCACGCAUUUACUCGACCAGGGUGCGAAGAACAUCAUCUUGACAUCGGGAACUCUCUCGCCUUUGGAACAGUACAUUUCUAAUUUGGGCUUGGACAGACACAACAGCCGCAUGCCCGUUACACUUGUCAACAAACACGUAGUAGGAAGUGACCAGGUCUUCGUGGCGACAGUGCCCAAAGGAAUGGGCAAGAAUCCCGCAGAAAUGUUGAACGUGUAUGGCAACAGGGAUAAUCGAAGAAUGUUUGCCCAAAUGGGCGAAGUAAUCGCCAGCAUAAAGACCUCGAGCCCGGGUGGAUUGUUGGUCUUUCACCCCACGUAUAAAUUGAUGAAUAUUUCCCGCGAGUUCUGGGGCGUCAUGAAUGGCGCAAACGCUUCAAAUCCUAUUGGCAAUAUGUUCAAACGAAAGAUCUUCAUUGAGCCAAACAACAAGAACGACCUCGAGCAAGUGAGCAAGGAUUAUGAGACGACAAUCGUAGAAGAUAAUUUCAAAGGAGCGAUACUGAUGGGAGUCUGUCGAGGCAAAAUCUCAGAAGGUGUCGAUUUCGCAGAUGCCCGCGGCCGCGUGGUUGUGAUAACGGGCAUUCCUUAUGCACCCGCCAUGGAUCCAAAAGUCAAAUUGAAACGAGAGUAUGUCGAUGCUGCGUUUAGGGAGAAGAAAAGCGCCAUUUCAGGGAGCGACUGGUAUCAAAUACAGGCAGCUCGCGCAAUUAACCAAGCGAUUGGACGUAUUAUUCGACACAGAAAUGAUUUCGGUGCGAUUAUCUAUUUGGACCAGCGAUUCGCGCAGCCGAUGAUGCAGAAGUUCAUGCCAGCUUGGGUAAAAUGCAGCCAUCAAACUGUCGACGCUGACAAUAUUGCCGACAAACUGCGCGUAUUCUUUAACAAAAUGGCUGCUUAUCAAAGAUCUGGCAAAAUAACUCCGGAAGCCCCUAUUGUACUGAUUGACGAAAAGAAGAAGAAAGAACCGAUUUUAUCACGCAAAGACGCAGAAAAGGCGCGAGUGAAGAUUUACAAAGAACGAGUUGGAAAGAAUCGCGAUAUGAUUAAAGAGUUGCAAGAAUCCAUUGAUGAUUUUCAAGUAGAAAGAACAGAAGCGAAAAAACGCACUUUAGCAGAUCUGUCCGACGAAGAAGAGAAAAGUGAGCCAGAAGAAAAGAAAAAGAUGACACCGGAAGAGUUUGAAGAGCUCUGCAAGAAACCAUACACUCCUGGACACAGGCCGCUCUCUUGGUACCAGAAUAAAGAAAAGACCCGUACAUACGAAGAGCUAAAGUGUAUGCAGAUGAGAGACCCGGAUCAUCCCAUUUUAGAAACAAAAGAAUCCCGAAGACUAGCAGCAAAGAUGAUUGCUGAGUACGACUACAGACGCACGGUUCUUUUUGCUGAAGAGGAAAAAAAGCUAGAUGAGAUGCAUGCAAAGUCGAAAAAUGCCAUUUGCUUCGAUCACAAAUUGCGCCCGCCUCAACCAGAGAAUUAUUACAGCUUUUUUGACAAACACUGUGACAUGGCUGAUCCUGAUUUUCACGAAGAGAUGCUUGAAAUCGAAAGAAAAUUGAGAGAUGCAUUUAAAGACGAUCCAAAUGACCCUACGCUCCAUCCAAAAUCGAAGCACGUUAUGAUUGCGAUCAUCAAAUUCAUGAAACUUAACAACGAUAACGAAAAUAUGGUGAAAAACUUGACGCAGCGAAUGCAAACAUUGGCUGAAAAGGGAAUCAACAUAACUUCGUUGAAGCAGUUCAAAGAGCUACUAGAGAGAUAUGGGUUUCUACGUGGUGAUAGAAAACUGAUCAUGUGUUCAAUGUACUACGUCAUGAAGAGAAUUUUACCUACGAAAUAUAAACCGCCAAAGCCAGAGCCACCGGUUAUCACAGACGAGAACGACCCGAAAAAGCCUACGCAAAUGAAAAAGUCGAAGAAAAAGAGCCUCGUUACAGCUGAAGACCACAUCAAGUAUUAUCGGGAUAGCUUGUUUCACAUUUUCAAAAAAGGCGAUCCUCGUUUCGUUAAAACGAUGGACGAAGAGUUUGGCUUGUUUUACUACGGACCGAUUCUACUCGCGACGAUGAAAGUUCUCGAGCACUGUUAA